CAAGCAAGUUUGGUGGAGCCGUCCUUGGUCACGUGACGAACGAGUCACAUGAUGUUUGUCAUCUCCAGCAGACAUAAUGGAAAUCUCGUCGGUGUUUUGUCUGCUUCUGAUCCACUGAACGUGAAUUUCCAUACGGCUGGAGUUGCUGCUGAGAAGAAAUCGAAACAGAUUAUUGAGGCUGGCUGAGUCUAUGGAGGGAAUGGAGGAUGAAGGACCCUCGUCUCAGGACGAACUUCCGCACAUAGACGAUGAGCAGCUGUCAGCACCGGAGCAAUCACGUGUGGAGAGCUGCACCUCUCUGGAAAAUGUGUGUGUUGAUAAGAAUGCUGUGUGCAAACUCACAGAGGGCUUGCUGUCCCACUACCUCCCCAGUCUGCAGAAUUCUAAACGUACACUACAAGAGGUCACACAAAAUCAGCUCAUAUUGUUAGACGCCCUGGACCAAGAAGUCACAAAGUUCCGGGAUUGCAAUACCUUGCUGGACCUAAAUUCAUUGUUUACAGAGGCCAAGAUUUACCACAACAAACUGGUCAACAUCAGGAAAGAGAUGAUUUUGAUCCAUGAAAGGACAACAAAGCUAAAGAAAAGAGCUUUGAAGCUGCAGCAACAGCAGCAAAAGGAGGCACUCGAGAAGGAGCACCAACGUGAGAAGGAGCUGGAGAGAGAACGACAACUCACUGCGAAACCUGCCAAAAGAACAUGAGCUCCUGCUGCAUUGUGGUCUUGUAUAUUUCAGGCUAUUUUCUACAAAUCAAGAAUAACUACAGGUAACUGGUUAGUAUUUAUAGGCUUUUUGAAACAUUUCAGAAAUUGUUCAAGAAGGAGACACUAGUGAAGACAUGUCAGGCAAGGAUUUUGAUGACAUGACAACCAGGUAGGAUCUGGUUACUGUACAGUACAAUCACGAGACCACCAGACAGUGUUGGCUUUGGUUUUUCAGCCUUCUCCACAGCCACUGUUGUGGUUCACACUGUAUUAAAAUCUACCAGCGUUUUACUUUUAGGCAUAAUGCGGUCAAAUUGCACAGGACAAUUUCAUGUAAAAAUGGCUUCAUGGCCAGAAAAGUUGCAAUGAAGAUGUGGUGAAUAUUUGAUAUUUAUGAGCUUAGUAUUAAUAUCAGACAAAAAAACAAUCCUGGCUGGAACAGAACACAUUACAAGUACUUGCAUGAUCUAAUUCAGUGGUUAUCAGCUAUUUUCUGUCAUGUCCCACCUUGGGGAUAGAAAGGUUUUCAAACACACACACACACACACAAUAUGAAAUAUAAUUGAGAAAAUGCAACAUAAAGGAGCGCUGUGAAGCAUACAAGCUUUUUAUUCAAAAUGCAAAGUGCGUGUUGAGUACAAUAUAUUGGUACAUGUUGGCAGGUCUGCAACAACAUUGAAAGUAAUCAUCUCAUGUCCCCCGUGCCCCAGCAGGGGGCCCCACCCCUCUAUUUGAGAAGUACUGAACUAUUCAGAUCACCUUUUUAAAAACAUAAAUUGGUCGACAUUGUCAGAAAGCUUUAAUUAGAUAAACCUUUGGUUGUAGUUUAUUCCUAUUUGGAAUAACUAAAGCGGUACAAUACUGUAUGUGUAUUUCAGUCAUUAUCUAAUCAAUAAUUUUGUUUAAACCAAAGAUGAUAGCUUUAACAAAUCAAGGUACUUCCAACCCCUGAUGACCCCUUUAUUCAAAGCAGAACUAUCGUUGUGUUGUAUUUGUUGUUGUUCAGAAAAAAGUGUUAAUAUACCUUGUGUAUGUGUUUAAAAUGUCUUACAACUUUGGUUUAAAAAUGAAUGUGUGUAUCAUAUUUGACUGUAUCCAGAGCUUACAUUGUUUUCAUAUGUAUUUGAUAGACCUUUUGUGUGGAAUUAUUUAAGUGUGGGGUAAAAAAAAAGGCGACUUUAACAUUUAAUGUAAUACAUGCCCAAUAUGUAAAAAUAAGAGAACAGAAAAACAAUGGAUGCAGUGCACAAAUAUGGAUGUGGCUGUUCAAAAAUGACACUUUCCAAACAAGUAAAAUGCAGUCUCUCAUUUUAAGUACGUAUGUGUCAAUGGCCGAAAUCCAACAAUCUGCAGUACUUUUUGUCAAGUCAAUAAUUUUUGUCAAAUUAUUGCAGACUUUCUGUAAAUCCUAUAAACUUAAUUUCACUUCUCAUACGUCAGUAUGUUUGUCAGCUAUAUGAUAUGCUUAACUGAAAUGCCAGAUCAAAACAAUUAGUGAUUUAUAAAGGAAAAUCUAACUUUUUCAUACCACCUUUUCAUACUCUAAAACUGCAACUCUUUCCUAUUUUUAAUCACUGUUUUAGGGAAACCACAGUUUUAAUCUACCACAGUUUUUGUGUGUGCUGUGACAAUGCCACUCCACCAGAUGUCAGCAUUGACUUUCGGUCCAGUUGUGCUGUGCAGAUACUUUACCAAACCAAAAUUGAUUGUACUGAGAAGCAUACUUUUUCAGAAAUGGUGAUAGAAUUAUAGUUUCACGCAACUUUUACUCUCUUCCAGGCAUCAAACACAACACAAGUGCUGAUUAUGGGCUUCUUUUAUGACUUUGGUCUGAUAACCUGAUCAUUUGGCUCAUACUUAGAAAUUAGUAUUUGCUUUUUGUGGAAUUGCAGGUCAUCUCCUAAACGUAUUUGCCUCAAAUAGUUUGUUCAACAGUUGUUUUCAACUUCUUUCAAGCACCAGUCAAUAUAUUUUUCCUUCUAUGGAAAACGUUACAUUCCUCAGCAUCCCAAAUGUCUACGCGUGUUUUGACAUACAGCGCCAAUUUUAUACUUGGCUAUAUAGGAGACUCAUUUAAAACCUACAUUGCGUGGUUUCCCCCUGCCCAGUCCCGCUUGGAGCAAAAAGUGCACCGCACUGGUCACGUAGGGGUCCAGACCAGGCAGGGAGCCAUGUCACCCAACUCCAUGCAAAUGGCAGUGAAAAAAACAUUCUUUCAUUUGUGGCCUUUUGUCAACACAAUGCUACAUUUUUCUGUGUAUUUUUAAAUGCCCUUCCUCAACUCUGUAUGAAUGACAGCAAACUCUUCAGGAAUAGCUGUCUGGCUGAAACUGGGUCACUAGAAUAUGAAGGAGAAGCAUCUUGUUUAGAAUCUUGCAUAAUAUUUAGCCACACCCUUUCAAUGCACAUAUCCAUGUGGUAGAAAUCGAAUUUGAUUUAUUUAAACCAGAGUUCCAUUGAGUAAUUAUUAAAUAUUUGCCAAAAUGCACCUUUCCUUCAUGAAAUGUACAAAUGAAAAUACCUACAACACAAGGCAGUAGUCAUAAAACAAUCAAAAUUG